AUGGUGAAACUGGGGAAUAAUUUCAGCGAGAAGAGCACAAAGCAGCCCCUUUUGGAGGAUGGAUUUGACACCAUCCCCCUGAUCACACCCCUGGAUGUCAAUCAGCUCCAGUUCCCACCUCCUGAUAAGGUUGUGGUCAAAACAAAAACAGAAUAUGAACCUGAUCGCAAGAAGGGAAAGUUCCGUACUCCUAAAAUAGCUGAGUUCACAAUCAGCAUCACUGAAGGGGUUUCAGAAAGAUUUAAGGUAACUGUGCUGGUCCUUUUUGCCCUUGCAUUCUUAACGUGUGUUGUAUUUCUGGUAGUCUACAAGGUUUACAAGUAUGAUCAUACCUGUCCAGAAGGAUUUGUUUUCAAGAAUAAUCAAUGCAUUCCAGCUGGGUUGGAAAACUACUACUCUGAGCAAGACUCCAGCGCUCGGGGGAAAUUCUACACCGUCAUAAACCACUACAACCUGGCCAAGCAAACCAUCACGCGCUCAGUGUCCCCCUGGAUGACGGUACUGUCAGAAGAGAAGCUCUCUGAGCAGGAGACUGAAGCUGCUGAGAAAUCAGCUUAG